GCUAUAUAAGCGGCGGCGGGGAGGAGCCCGCAGCUCGCUGCUCCCGUCCGCGCGGCCGCCUGCUGCUCUUCGCCCCGAGACUCGCCCCGCCGCGCGGAGACGUCGCCCCGGCCGCCAUGGAGAUGAAGAAACGGCUUAACCUGGAGCUGCGGAACAAGAAGCCGGCCGAGGUAAAGGAGUUGGUUCUGGACAACUGCCGCUCCGACGACGGCAAGAUCGGAGGGCUCUCCUCCGACUUCGAAAACCUCGAAUUCCUCAGCAUGAUCAACGUGAACCUUCUCUCCGUCUCCAACCUCCCAAAACUCAAUAAACUUCGCAAGCUGGAGCUGAGCGACAACAGGAUUUCCGGCGGCUUGGAAGUCCUUGCCGAGAAAACUCCAAACUUGACACACUUGAAUCUCAGCGGAAACAAAAUCAAGGAUAUAAACACUUUGGAGCCGCUGAAAAAGCUGUCUCACCUACGAAGUUUGGACCUCUUCAACUGCGAAGUGACUACGCUCAUCAGUUACCGGGACAGCAUCUUCACCCUCCUCCCGCAACUCACUUACCUCGACGGCUUCGACACGAACGAUAAAGAGGCGCCGGACUCCGACCCGGAAGUGGACGGGCUGGAAGACGAGUACGACGAGAACGGGGAAGAAGGCGAAGAAGAAGAUGAAGAAGACGAAGAAGAACUCGACGAGGAUGCAGUCGACGACGAGGAGGAUGAAGAAGAUUUGGAUGGGGAAGAGGAGGAGGACGGGGUUGACGAUGAAGAGGAAGAGGAAGGCGAGGAUGAAGAUGACGACGAAGAUCUCCCUCAGGGCGAGAAGCGGAAACGAGAGAUUGAGGACGAGGGGGAAGACGACCCCGACGAAGAUGAUGACGACGAAGAAGACGACUGACCGCCUCCUCUUCCUCGUAGCCAGACGAUCCGUUUUUUUUUACGGACUGUGACUUUCCUGGCCCCUGCUGUUCCGCAAGUGAGACUGUGACGACAAAAUUUCUUCCUCUCCCGCCCUUGUGGGCCCCCACCCCACCCGCUCUCCAGCCCCCCGCCCCCCACAGUUGCUUCCGGGCCCAGCCACCCACCCCUUUGUAUCGCUGCGACAUCCACAGUAUAUUUUUUUAAAACGUAGAAUACAGUUUAGGUGUUUCAGGA